CAAAAAACAUCCACGCUUUGCGCGCGCAUCUCAUCUCCGCCCACAUAUCGUCGCCCGCCCGCUACGUGCUGCUGCGUACACGUAUCAGUACUGGGUUGUUCUGUACUCCAAACGACAUGACGGAUUCGACUCUACCGGAUGCACCCACUUUCCUGACCGCCUCGCCGCCCUUUGACAAUCCUGAUGCAGACAUGAUCAUCAGGACGUCCGACCACGUCGAUUUCCGCGUGCACAAGUUCAUCCUCAGAGAGGUCUCCCCCAUCUUCGCGGAUAUGAUGUCCUUACCGCCGACGCGCGACUCGUCUGGUGUGGUCGAUGUCACCGAAGACAGCGUCGUAUGGGACCAUAUCCUCCGCAUGUGCUACCCCUUCGCCCGACCAGCUGCGAUCGCGCCUGAUCGCUUCUGGCCGUUGCUAGAGGCCGCCAAGAAGUACGCCAUGCAAGGUGUCCGCGAGACGGCGGGGCGAGAGAUGUUGGCUUCCACGAUGCUAGAGCAAGCGCCUCUACGAGUCUAUGCGCUCGCAUGUGGCUAUGGACUCCAUGAUGUCGCCAUCGCAGCGGCCAGGGCCAGCCUGCGUCAACCACUUGACGAGGACACCUUGGUCCCGGAGCUGCGCUGCGUGACGUCGGCUGCCUAUUUCAACUUGCUCCAGUACCGUCGCAACUGUGUCAAGGCAGCUACAGCCUUCGUGGACGACUGCAAGGGGUCCAAGGGGUUCUGGCGUGAGGGCUGGGGAAACUACACGUGUGGCUGGGCUAUAUCGCCUCCCAACACUGAACCUAAACACGACCCACGGUGUUUUAACUCUGCGGCGAAGAUAAAGACGUACAAAUUAUACCAACCUACAGGCUCGAAGCAGAUACAUGUGAUCCUUUGUCCAGCUCGCCGCGUUUUCGAAGAUUACAUCACGCGUUCCGCAGAGGCACUUGAGGCCACCCCUCACGGUGCCGUCGUACUCGAUCCACACAUAAUCGCCGCUACUGUACAGCAAGCCUCGAUCUGCGCAGUCUGUAGAACCAACGAGCAGGCGGACCAGAUUGUUCGGUUCAUCAAGUUUCAUGCAUCCGACAUCGAUGCCGCCGUAGCCAAGGUGGAACUUAAGAUAGAGGCGUGAAAAAUGGGCGCACUCUGACUCCACGAUAGGUCGCAGGUUGAGUCGAACACA